GCAGCAGCUCCAGGGGAAACGGAAGCCGGUGGAGGGAGCCUGGCGGAGCAUCGAGGACAGUGCUGAGCUGAACUCAGACCCGGGUGGCAAGCUCAAGACAAGCGGGCAUCCUGACGCUCUCAAGAAGCCCCGUCUCUGCCCCACUGGCUCAGCUGACCAGACCAUGUGGACUCUGCCCCUCCAGGUCAGGACUGGAGUUUUAAAAUAAAAUGGAUGACGUGACGUUACUUGAUCUUCUGGAGUGUCCCGUGUGCCUUGAAAAGCUCGAUGUCACCGCCAAAGUUCUCCCUUGCCAGCACACCUUCUGCAAGCCAUGUCUCCAGAGGAUUUUCAAGGCCCACAAGGAGCUGAGGUGCCCCGAGUGCAGGACCCUGGUGUUCUGCAGCAUCGAGGCGCUGCCAGCCAACCUGCUGCUCGUGCGCCUCCUGGACGGCGUGCGGGCCGGACAGGGCUCGGGGAGAGGGGGGUCCUUCCGCCGGCCUGGCGUGCUGACCCCGCAGGACGGCAGGAGGAGCAGGACUCACCCCAGAGGUCCGCAGUGCAGUCCUUUCCGGCUGGUGCCUAACGUCAGAAUCCACAUGGAUGGGGUGCCUCGAGCGAAGGCCUUAUGCAACUACCGAGGGCAGAAUCCUGGUGACCUGAGGUUUAAUAAGGGAGAUGUCAUCCUCCUCCGAAGACAGCUGGAUGAGAACUGGUACCAGGGGGAAAUUAAUGGAGUCAGUGGAGUCUUCCCAGCCAGCUCCGUGGAGGUCAUCAAGCAGCUGCCCCAGCCACCCCCACUGUGCCGGGCCCUCUACAACUUCGACCUUCGUGACAAGGACAGGAGUGAGAACCAGGACUGCCUGACCUUCCUCAAGGAUGAUAUCAUCACUGUGAUCAGCCGAGUGGAUGAGAACUGGGCAGAAGGCAAGUUGGGAGAUAAAGUCGGUAUCUUCCCAAUCUUGUUUGUGGAGCCAAACCUCACCGCAAGACACCUUCUAGAGAAGAACAAAGGCCGUCCAUCAUCCCACAUGAAAAACCUGUCCCUGGUGUCCUCCCCCUCCAGAGGCAAGGCAAUCAACGCGCCCACCCUCCGAAGGGGCCCGGGAUCCAGGAGGAAGGGGCCCAGCCAGUUCUCCAUCACAACAGCCUUGAACACCCUCAAUAGGAUGGUGCAUUCUCCCUCGGGGCGCCACAUGGUGGAGAUCAGCACCCCAGUGCUCAUCAGCUCCAGCAACCCCUCUGUGAUCACCCAGCAUGCGGAGAAAGCAGAUGCUUCUCCCAGCUCCAUGGGACAGGUCAGCACCUAUCCCCCUGCACCUGCCUCCCCAGGACAUUCCACAGCCAUUGUCAGUCUUCCUGGCUCCCAGCAACACCUCUCAGCUAACAUGUUUGUAGCUCUGCACUCCUACUCAGCCCAUGGACCUGAUGAACUGGACCUACAGAAGGGAGAGGGUGUCAGGGUCCUGGGCAAGUACCAGGACGGCUGGCUCAGGGGCGUCUCCUUGGUGACCGGGCGAGUUGGCAUCUUCCCCAACAACUAUGUCAUCCCCAUUUUCAGAAAGACAUCUAGCGUUCCAGACUCCCGAAGUCCUGGUCUCUACACCACAUGGACGUUAUCCACCUCCUCUGUGUCCUCCCAAGGCAGUAUUUCAGAAAGUGAUCCCCGGCAGAGCCGGCCCUUCAAGUCUGUCUUCGUGCCCACGGCCAUAGUCAACCCUGUGCGAAGCCCAGCCAGCCUGGGGACCCUAGGGCAGGGCUCUCUCCGCAAAGGACGAGGUAGCAUGAGAAAGAAUAAGUGGUGGCAGAGAGAUGGAUCUCUGCAGAGACCCGUCCAGUCGGGGAUCCCCACCCUCGUGGUGGGCUCCUUCAGACACAGCCCCACCAUGGUGGUCCAGCCUCAACAGUUCCAGUUCUACCAGCCACAGGGGGCCCCCUCCUCAGCCUCCACGGUGGCGGCAGAGCUGGGACCCAAGCCCACUCCCACCGGGGAGCCUGCCCUCACGUGCGUCAGCAGGGGCAGCGACACCAGGAUCCACACGGCAGCCAGCUCCCUCAUCAUGGAAGGCAAAGAAAUUCCCGUCAAGAGUGAGCCUCUCCCCAAACCGCCUGCAUCUGCCCCGCCCUCCAUCCUGGUGAAACCAGAAAACUCAAGAAACAGCAGCGAGAAGCAAGUCAAAACUGUGAGAUUUCAGAACUACAGUCCUCCUCCCGCCAAACACCACACCUCCGGGAAGCCUGAACAGCCAGCCACCCCAAAGGGGUCCCAGCCUGAGGCAGCCCCCUUGGGCCCGGAGAUGACCAUCCUGUUCGCCCACCGAAGUGGCUGCCACUCUGGACAGCAGACAGACCUCCGGAGGAAGUCAGCUUUUAGCAAAACUGUGACCCCGGCGUCCACUGCCUCAGCCACGCAGACCACGUUUCCCAGCAAAUGA